CAAUGUGUUUUGGGCAGAUCCCCAGUGACACAGUGGCGGAACACUCCCCCACUGUUGGGGCCCUGGGCUGGGACCCAGUGGAAUAGGGUGGGCUCAGGUCCCCCUACCCCUGGCUGCCAGCCCCAUCCCUGGGGUGGCAGCCUCACCACCUUAGGCCAAAAUGCCUGCAUUUGUCUGCCGUCUACCUGAGCCAAGACGUCUUACAAAUGGCUGUCUUCAGGGUCAGAGACACCCCCUUCCCCCCGAGCCCCAAGACUGUUUGUUCUGCCCUGCCUGAGGGACAAAGCCCUAACACUGUUUGUGGUUCCACCCUGCCUGAGGGCCUGAGCCCCAAGACUUUUUGUGGCUCCGCCCUGCACAAGGGACUGGGCCCAUAGACUUUGUUCUGCCCUGCCCAAGGGAUGGGACCCGACUAUUUGGUUAAUCUGCCCUGCCUGAGGUCCAGAGCCCCAAGACUGUUUGUUUGCUAUGCUCUAUCCUGCUAGAGGGGUCUCGGCCCCACCUCUUGAAUCGCUAAUCAUCUGGAACUGGGCGGUGCCCCAAUGAUGUAGUGUGAUGGAGUGGCCUCCCACUGAACCAAUGGGAGAGGAAUGACUACAAAACAACUGCAAGCAUGAAGAAACACCAAGCUGUUUAGGCUUAAUAGAACUGCACAUGAAGUGGAGGGUUGCUUUGGUUUACCUCACAGGCAACCCAAGCCACAGAUAAAAAAGCAGCCAGAGAUUCACCUAACUCAGUGUCCUGGAGCCAUACACCCUCCUAGACCCACAUUGAACACUUUCCAGGAGUUGCUAAUGUCUUAGGAGCCACACAUUCACCUGGGGCCACCAAUGCAGUGACUGACAGACUGACUCAAAAAGGAGCUACAGCCACUAGUAAGUGCGCAGUUCUCUCCUAUCCUCUCCCUGGCACGAGGGAUAAGAUUUUGCUGUUUAAUUUCCACAUGCUGCUGCGGUGGAGAUGAGUCUUUGUGACACACCACGUCUCCUGGCGAGCAUUCAUAGUGUUGUUUUCAAGACUGAAUAAAGAUCUGACUGCAGAUGGCAUUUACGAGCAUGGGCGCUACAACACAUUCCCCUGAACAUAUUCUAGAACUGUGUUGUCCUCUCCAAGCUAGCAAUGAACAUCUGUUCAGUCAUGGAUGCUCCCGCCAUACCAAAUAACUCGGCUCAUGCAAACUUGUCGUAUGGGUCAGCCAAAAGAUGCUGGAAGUGAAUUUGCCUGCUGAGCUGAGGAUAUAACUGUACUUUGCUCUCCUAUUGGAUCUUCCAUCUGAGGAUCUUAAACACCUUUGUAAGCUAAGUAUUAUUGUUUGUAGUUCAUAGCAAGGGAGCCAGAUCCUCAGCUGAUGUAAAUGGGCAACUAAGUUAACUUCCUCCUGCUGUCGUUCUCGCCUAGGGAAUGAGAAGCAGAGAACUUCAUUGAUUUACCUAAAUUCACAUGGCAAGAGCAUAGAUAAGCCAGCUCCCAUACCUGUCAUUUAACAGCAGGAUCAUGCCUAUGCCGCACAGAUGGGGAAGCAUCAGAAGAUUCAGGUGCUCACUCUGGAAAUAACCUGUUCUUGCAAGACUUCUAGAUGCCCAGAUUAGAAAUGUUGCCAUAAAAGGGCACUAUCAUUUACUUAUUUUAUAUAUAUAUAUAUAUAUAUAUAUAAAUCAGAUAUAUAGUUAUGUAGAUAAUAUGUAAGAAAGAGAUGGCCUGAUUCUGAUGACACACCCAUUUUACACAGGCCAUUCUCCACUGGGCCAGAGUCUGAUCUCUGUCACACUGGUGUAAAUCUGCAGUAGCUCCACUGAUGCAACACCAGUCCAAGUCAAGUCAGAAAAUGGCUGAUUGAUUCCAGUGCAGUUAUUCUGUAUUUACAGAGUUUAAGCAAGAGGAGACAGCCCUAGAGGGUCCUUUUUGGAGUAAAAGUUCUCAUACACCAAAAAGAUCACCAGAGUGAUGUGUCUGCCAUGAAAUUUUAGCCUUGUGCCUGUUUUUCCUAGAAUCUGUUGGCUAGGUUCUUUGUUGAUCUCACUUUCCUCUGGGCACAGCAGAGAGAGGGAAGCCACAAGGUUGCCUGUUCUAGGUCCCUGAUUAUGGGUCUGGUUCUACCCUGGCUCCAUCCCUGUCUGAUGUAAACUGCACUGGCUGGCUAUGGGACCAUCUGUAUUGCCAGACUGCAAGACACAUCAGCUAUAGUCCUUCCGGGUACCUCCCAACCCUGACACACCAGCUAUGCUGGGUGGUGCAGAGUUGUGGGGAAACGGCAUACUGGCUUUACAUCCAUGGGGAGCUGCCUGCCAUGGAAGAAUCCCCAAUAGGUCAGAGUUGAUUUAGGGCUUUCAGGCUGUCACAAACAUUCUGAGUUGAAGGAGAAAACAUUUCUUGUGGGUGAAAGAGAGAUGUCAGAAUCUCACUUCCAAGCAAUGAGUUAUGGAACUAUGAAAAAAUUCCAUCUUCACUGUUUCUUAUUUAAUUAUUUUGUAAGCAUGUAGUUAACCUGAUGUUCCCCUGCAGACCACUCAGAACUACUCGGCAAACCUGGAUUAUUAUACGAGUUCUAGUUCUGUUUUGCUGCCAUAUGACAACCCGUUUAACCACACAGACGUCAUUUGUGAAAAAGGUCACGCCUGGCAGUUUGCUCAAACUUUCCUGCCAGCAUUUUUCUGGAUUGUCUUCUCCAUUGGCACCAUGGGUAAUGCCUUAGUGAUCCUCGUCUACUGGAAAUACAGAUACAGAAAGAGCAUCACUGACAGAUACCUGCUGCACCUGGCCAUUGCUGAUCUGCUCCUUCUUCUCACUCUCCCUUUCUGGGCAAAAGCUGCUUCAGAUGGCUGGAUCUUUAAGAAUUUCAUGUGUAAAAUUGUCAAUAGCAUGUACAAGAUCAGCUUCUACAGCUGUAUGUUGUUUCUGACAUGCAUUAGUUUUGACAGGUACAUUACAAUUGUCCAGGCCAUGAAAGCUAAGAACUCUAAACGAAAAAGCCUUCUGCGCAGUAAACUAGUUUGCUUUGGUAUUUGGCUGACUGCAAUAAGCUUAUGCAUCCCAGAAAUAGUAUACAGUGAAUCUAAGCAAGUUAGUGAUACAACUGUUUGCAAGAUGGUAUACCCUACCACAGUUACCCGAACCAUCAAAGUUACUAUCCUAGCUUUGAAAAUCACAAUAGGAUUCCUCCUUCCUCUCUUUGUCAUGGUUACUUGUUAUGCUUCUAUAAUUCAUACCCUUCUUCAAGCGAAAAGAUCCCAAAAGCACAAAUCAUUAAAGAUCAUCAUCAUGAUUAUCAUAGCUUUCCUCCUCUCCCAGUUGCCCUACAACAGCAUUUUGCUGGUCAAAACCAUUGACACCUACACCAUGGUCAUAUAUGACUGCAAAACCUCUGACAACAUUGACCUUGGAUUCCAGAUAACUCAGUGCAUCGCCUUCCUUCACAGCUGCCUGAACCCCUUCCUCUAUGUGUUUGCUGGGGAGAGAUUCCGUAAAGCCCUCUUUAAAAUUCUGGAGGAUACGUUUCACUGCACUGGUAAGAGCCGAGAACAGAGCUCUUUCGUAUAUGAUAGCCAAGAUGGGAGCUCAAAUAAGUCCUCUGCAUUACUGGGACAAUGAUAAAUCAGGGUCUCUCUCACUUUGAGCUUUCACCCAAAUUUCUCACUCACAUCCAACUGCUCCUUUUGAAAUCAAUGGGAGUCUGGCCAGAGGAAUGCAGUGCUAUAUAAGUGAUUCUUCUUCCAUUCUGAGGGAAAAAGCAAGAUCCCUCUCAACGGAGUGAAUUUGCAUGUUCACAUCACAAAGGGCUUGAUCCUGCAAAGUGCUGAACAUUUUUAACUCCCAUAGAAGUCAGUGAGAAUUAAGGGUGCUCAGCAUCUUCCCCUGAAGCGCUCAGUACCUUGAAAGAUCAAGCCCUAGACUUUUGGCUGAAAGAAAGUGAAACUUUUGAAAAGAUGCAGAGGAAAUAAUGUGAUGCUGAUUGUAUGCAGACUGAUAAUUGAGAGGGGAUAAAAAAUAUUUUAAAUUCAGAAUAAUUGUUUACUUCACCAGAGCUACAGCAGAUUUACACCAGUAUAAAAGAGAACAGAAUUUGGCUCCCACAAUGCUUUGCUAUUCAGUCUUUGAUUUGUAAGUGUACUCUCAGUGAAUGCAGAUUUAAUUUUGUUCCACUUGCAAAGCUGUUACAUUGCUAGAAUAAUGGAAUUAUCAUGGCUUCCUGUUUAUUUUUGUCUUUUUAAUCACAAACGUGGCCCUUGUGGAACUGCGUUGAUUUAGAUUAUUUUUUCGUAGGUCAUUGAUUUUAGGGUGAAACUAUGUGCACGGUUUGUACCAUAAUGCUUUGAUGUUAGACACUUGCACUAUAUAUACACAUAAACAAACAUUGCAUCGUACAGCACAAUUUUUAGAGGGUCGUGGUUGUAAUUUUCUAGUAAUAUGGCAUUUGCCUUUUACCCUCUGGUAAAGCGGGAUGUAACCAACAAAGUGAUACCUGAAUGAACCAUGGGUUAUAAACUGAUAUAUGCUGAGCAUAAUAAACUGGUUCAGAAAGUGUAUCCAGCCUGACGCCUGUAAGGUAGAGAGAGGAAAGGAGUGGAUCCUAAGGUGCAGGAACAGUUUAGAGAGACUUCCUCACUCUGGUCACUGGAGAUGGGCCAGUCUCACACAUUAUGCAAUUAUAAUGUCCUGCGCAUCUAUAGCAUCUGUUGCUCAGGGGUGUCAAAAGCACCUAACAGGCAUGAAUGAAUUUAGCCUCUCAAUAUUCCAAGUGCACAGGGAGACUGUGGCAGAGUCAGAAACGGAAUCCAGCUCAGGGUCUCCUGUCUCGCUUUUCGGUGCCAUAAACACCAUCCUUCUGACUGACAAGAUCUGGGCAUAAGUGAUGCACAGCUUUGCUGUCUGCUCUCUUCUGCUCCCUAACAUGCACUAGACUGUAUGUCUCUUGGUGGCCAUUUUAGUUUUGGUAAGCACUCAUGGAAGGAGCUCUUUCAGUGUUAUCAUGGCUCCAGGACGAGUGCAACAGGCACAUGGGUUGAGAUUCAGGACCAUGUUCCCAGCUAGCCUCCAUUCUGAGCAAAAUUUUCACACUGACCCAUCGGCAUGUACAAAGUCUAAAUUUUUGUGCACAAAGAAGGCAGCUAGACACACAAUGACCUGCUUAGCACAUGUGCGGGAAAUGGACAUACACAGGCAAUUUUGAGAGUGCAAGUUUUGAGAAUGCUUUGGAAAACAUGGCCCUAAAAAGGAAAAAACAACACUUUAGAGUAAAUGGCAAGCAAAAGUCCUAAAGGGAGAGCUAAGACAGGGCUUCUGCAUAGAAGAUGUUGAUGAUAGAGCCCCAUAUUGAAAGAAGAAACAACAAAAUUGCUGUUUAUCCAAGUGAUUGGCCUAACAAGGCGGUGAGCAUUCCUGCAAGAUUCUGGGUGCCCUAAACUAUCACAAAUUUCAGUGAGCAUUGCAGUAUUGCAAACCCCAAAUGUUCAAAAAUCAUGAGUCCAGUUCACCAAAAAUCAUGAGAUUGGAUUGGCUUUAAAAUCACAAGAUUAUGGAAAAAUAACAGAUUUGGGGUUCUUUUUACUUGCCUUCUGCUUUUGGAGCCUUUAGGAUGCACUGGGGUCACAUUUUGAAGCUUUCUCCACAGCCUCAAGAGCUAGAAACUUACUUUUUCUUUAAAAAUGAAGGCUGAAAUCAUCACAUAAUCACUUGGCUCCAGGAGCUGGGACUUUAAGGAAAACAAUAAUUAUCAUGAGACUUAUGACAAAAUCAUCAGAGUUGGCGCUGAUUGUGGUCAGCAUUGUGCAGGAGUGCUCAGCGCUUUGCUGGAUGGAGCCCUAACACGAGGAGAAACAGCAUGAAAAGAACAUUAACAGACUGAUUACUUUUACCACAUUAGACAGCAAAGCAUGUUAUGGAAAAUAAAUCCUUAGAUCAUGACUAAUUGAAGAGAAGAUCUUGCACUAGAGCAUAUAAUAAAACCAGUAAUCAACAAAUUUUUGAACUACAGUAUACAGCCCUUUCUGAGCGUUUGUAUAUUAAGUUGUUCUAGACAAUAUAAUUAUUGUGGUAAACACAUUCUAAUCAUCUGCUUGUUGGGAUUUUUUGUUAACAACCACAAUCAUUUCAAGCAUGUUUUUCUUAACUCCCCUUUGCAAACUCACCUAUCUCAGGGUAGGGACAGAAAUGUGCAAAGGGAAAUGACCAAUCUCAUAGCAUUGAUCUUUCUGCUUGCUUUUUUUUUUUUUAAAUUCUAGUUAAAGUUUUACUUCCCCUGCAAGCUGCCUUCUUAAUCCUUAGCCCUGAACAGUAAAUGAGCAAACCUUAGGCAUUGACUUGAUGUCCAGGACAAAUGGCCUUCUCUGACAAGAGUUCCAGCUCCAGCCAGCAGCUCCUAGGACUCACCUUGUGAGCACAGUGCUGCUUUCACUGUCUUUUUAGCUCAGCUGUGAGAACCACAGUGAGUUCAGGCUUUGGCUAAAGCAGUGGAAUCUUCACGUAUGAUAGACAGUGCACCGGCUUCCCAAACAGCAAGAAAACCACAUUAGCAUCUGCCAAUCGAAAAAUCUACACCAGCAGAGCAAACUAUGUAGAUAAUUACCCAUUAGGCAUUGAUUAGUUCUUUACCACUGUUCUUUACAUAUCCCCCAGUGUGGGAAAAAAGUGAAAGACUGCACUUCAGAAUACCCCCACCUUGUUGCAUGUCACUUUCAGUAUUACUUUUUUGUCAGCCCUUUGAAGUCUCAAGUCUCCUUUAUAGAAAUAAUGGCUUCUUUUCUGUGUGGUAUUUGGUGAACCAUGUUCCUGAGUAAUUGAUACGUGAAGCGUUUUGAGUGUUCUGAAAUCUAAUCUGAAUUUUCUCACGGUUUCUCAGAUAGAAAGGUUGUGACCUGGUCAUGCUACUUUGCCUAUGAGUUACUUUUUGGAUAUUUUUGUAUUCUCAUCGGAAGAUUUUGAAGCUAUGAUAGCCUAAUGCACUAUACAGAAAUAGGACAACUAGAUUCUCAGCUACAUGACUGUGAUGCAGGCAGGCCAGAUGUCAGCUCUUGCCCAGGCUGCUGGUAUUAGCUAUGAACCGAGAAACUCCUACUGGAGACCAGAGCAGUUCACUUAUGUGUUAAUGUUACUCAAAAUAGGUAAAACUGUUAUAAGAAUGUAAGAGUGUUUAUAGUAUAUUUGUAAGUUGCUGAUGCAUUCAUCUUAUUUGUAAUGGCUGUAUUCCAUGCUGUAAGGAAAUAUGCAAGUUUUGCUUUAUAACGUGAAAAUGUUUGCUCUGAACUUGUGAACCCAGAUGGGAAGAGUGUUUCCCUCCAGCCCAUCCAGAACUGUCAAAAUCAGAUGGGUCAUCAAGGAGCAUUGUAAUAUAAAGGACUGGUUAAUGGCCGUAUCGCACCUUGGAAAUGCUGUGUGCACAGAAGCUUGUCCUAUGGACUUGGAGGAAAUACAACAAAGACACAGGAAAAUUUUCCAUCUCUUUGCUAUUUGAACUCUCACAGGGCCAGAGACACCAACUGAAGCCAAAGUUCCCCAGGGGCUACCCCUUCGGUCACCCUGAAAGACACUUUUAACUGACAGAUCUCUGUCACUCUUAGGAUUUAGAUUGCAACUCAUCUGUGUAUAUGUUUGCUCGCUUUAACCUGUAAAUAACUCGUUUCUUUUUCCUAGUCAAUAAACCUUUAGAUGAUUUAUUACA